AUGGUUGUACCUCCCUUCUCCGCCCCCCUCCCUCUCCUAGUGGCUCUGCUUCAGCUUGCAGUACUACCUCUUGUCCACGCGGGGGCGUACUACAGACACAAGCAGCACCCGCAGCAGCAUCAGCCCACGCCACACCUGUCCCACAUGGGCAUAGGGGGUAAGGAGCAGCACCCUCAGCAACAUUGGCCGGGAAAAGAGAUGCCCCACAUGCAGUACCCCCAGUACAGAAAAGAGAUCCCACAGAUGUCCAUGCACAUGGGCAAGGCGAACCCCCACAAGGGUCAAACCAUCCCCAGUGGGGCAGUGGGAGGUCUCCCUGGGGGUCUGCCAGGAGAGCAGGGCCCAGCUGGGCCUCCCGGACCUGAGGGACCCUCUGGGCCUCCAGGACCUCCCGGGGAAGGACAGCCAGGAGGGGAAGGAAAACCAGGCCACGCUGGUCCCCCAGGAUUCCCUGGAGUAGGAAAACCAGGACUCCCAGGAAUUCCAGGCAAGCCAGGCAGCAUGGGAGAGCCAGGAGUACCUGGAGAAUUGGGCCCCAGCGGCAGGGAGGGUCCGAUGGGGCAGCCAGGGCCUCAGGGGUCCCCUGGUCCUCCAGGUCUUCCAGGGAUAGGACAACUAGGGGCUGGGGGGUUGCCAGGACAACCAGGAACCAGAGGAGAGUCAGGACACAAGGGCCUGUCGGGACUACCAGGAUUACCAGGACCCAAGGGUGACAAGGGGAUUGGACAGCCAGGACAGCCAGGCCACAAAGGACUAGCAGGACCUCCUGGACCUCCAGGACAGGGAGGGAUGCCUGGUGUGGGCAAGCCUGGAAUGAAUGGCAUGUCAGGGCCACCAGGAGGACCAGGGAAACCAGGCCUCCCUGGAGAGCAGGGGCUGGCUGGACCAGCAGGAGAGGGCGGAGAGCCCGGUCCACCAGGGCUGCCAGGUCAGGGAAAACCUGGCCAGAAUGGUCUGCCGGGACAACCAGGGAUGCCCGGUGGGAAAGGGCACCCAGGUCCUCCAGGUUUUCCAGGGAAGCCUGGAUUGCCUGGAUUCGGAAAACCAGGAUUCCCAGGACCCAAAGGAGAUAAGGGGAUGGGUGGGAUGCCCGGAGGCCCAGGACCAAAGGGAGACAAGGGCCAUGGAGGACUGCCUGGUAUGCUAGGACAGCCUGGAUCAAUUGGACAAGCUGGUCCCCUUGGCCCUAUGGGACCCCCUGGAGGUCUGGGUCAACCAGGGCCAAAAGGCGAGGCUGGAGAAGGAGGUCAUAAGGGGUUGCCUGGUGGGCAAGGGGAGCCUGGUCCUACUGGACUGACUGGUCAGAAUGGCUUCCCUGGAGAGGGAGGAGAGCCAGGGCCAAGGGGUCCCACCGGGCCUGUAGGACCCCAAGGGGAAGGCGGACACAAAGGGUUACCAGGCGCCACUGGUAUUCCAGGUCUACCUGGGCCAAAGGGAGAGGGAGGACUUCCAGGCGAGAAGGGUCCCCAAGGUCCUAAGGGCAUUCCAGGUCUGGGAGGUGCAGGUGGGCCGAUCGGACCUCCUGGUGCUCCUGGAACUAAAGGUGACAGCGGACCUCCUGGUCUUCCCGGCGUUGAUGGUAAGGGAAACCCAGGUGUCCCUGGUCCUCUUGGACCUCCAGGUAAAGAAGGUCCUGGAGGACCACCGGGAAACCCAGGCCAGCCAGGUCCACCUGGUCCCCCAGGCCCUCCCGGACCCACUGACAUGGGAGCAGUCCUCCCUGAGAUGGGUUUUCCUCCUGGGCUGGACGGAGUCAAGACUGACGGUUAUGGCAAGAAGGGAAAAUAUGGAGGAAACGGCGGAGAAGUGAUGAGCCCCAACGGCCUGGAGAUGCCCGCGUUCACGGCUCUGGUGACCACGCCCUUCCCACCUGUGGGCACGGCUGUGGUGUUCGACAAAAUCCUGUACAACGGCCGUCAGAACUACAACCCCCAGACAGGCGUGUUCACCUGCGACAUGCCCGGGAUCUACUACUUUGCCUACCACAUCAGCUGCAAAGGGGCCAACGUCUGGGUUGCACUGAUGAGGAACGAUGAGCCUGUGAUGUACACAUAUGAUGAGUAUAAAAAGGGCUUCCUGGAUCAGGCAUCGGGGAGCGCAGUGUUACCUCUACAGCCCGGGGACACUGUGUACCUCCAGCUACCCUCGGACCAGGCCGCAGGACUAUACGCUGGCCAAUACGUCCACUCCUCCUUCUCUGGAUACUUGUUGUACCCCAUGUAA